AUGGACGCUGCCGGUCUGAGGAGCCGCAUUCAGGCCACGCUUGAUGCAAAUGCGGACGUUCGCCGGCAGGCAGAGCAGGAGCUGAAGGCGGCAGAGGAGACUACUGGAUUCUUGGACGCACUUCUGAAUAUCCUGGAGGGGGAGCAGGACAACGGCAUUCGCUUGUCAACUGCCGUCUACUUCAAGAACCGCGUCAACAAAGGUUGGGCCAAGCUCGAUGAUGGCCCACCUCCGACCUCCACCGCAAUCGCCGAUAACGAGAAGGCUGCCGUCCGCUCGCGUCUCGUCCCCGUGAUCGCAUCCGCCCAACCCAACAUCCGCCCACAGUUGAUCGUUGCUCUGCAAAAGAUUCUGCAUUGCGACUUUCCCAAGCAGUGGCCCGACUUCGUGGAUAUCACGAUCAAACUGCUCAGCGCGCAAGAUGUGCCGUCUGUGUUUGCAGGGCUUCAGUGUCUACUCGCAAUAUGUCGGACAUACCGCUUCAAAUUGGGAGACAGUCGGCAGGACUUUGACAAGAUUGUGGAGGCCACUUUCCCGCAGCUCUUGAGCAUUGGAAACAGCUUGGUGAACGAGGAUAGCUUGGAGGCGGGUGAGAUGCUACGACAUGUGCUGAAGGCGUACAAGCAUGCGAUUUACCUGGAGCUGCCGAUGCAGUUGCGAUCACAUCAAUCGAUGGUGGACUGGUGCACGCUAUUCUUACGGGUUGUAUCCAAGGAUCCGCCGCAGAAUUCGAUGCUGGAAGAUUUGGACGAGCGGGAGCUGAAUCACUGGUGGAAGUGCAAGAAGUGGGCAUACGUCAAUCUGAACAGACUGUUCGUGCGGUAUGGCAACCCGGCGAGCUUGCAGAAGGGCAACGGCGAGGACUACACGGUGGUUGCCAACAGCUUCAUCAAGACUUUCGCGCCGGAGAUUCUGAAGGGCUACCUUGCUCAAGUCGAGAAGUGGGUGCAAAAGCAGUCGUGGCUGAGCAAGCCCUGUCUGUCGUAUACGCUGGGCUUCUUGGAUGAGUGUGUCAAGCCAAAGGCAAUGUGGGAUCAUCUCAAGCCUCACAUGCCAGUUCUCAUUGAGCAUCUGUUGUUCCCAGUACUCUGCCAAAGCGACGAGGAUCUGGAGCAAUUUGAGGACGAGCCAGCAGAGUACCUUCACCGCAAGCUCAACUUUUACGAGGAGGUUUCAGCGCCUGACGUUGCAGCGACAAACUUCCUGGUAACUCUCACCAAGGCACGGAGGAAGCAGACAUUCGAAGUGCUCAACUUCAUCAACAACAUCGUCAACAAGUACGAGGCGGCUCCUGAAGACCAGAAGAACCCACGUGAGAAGGAGGGAGCUCUACGGAUGAUUGGUACUCUCGCGAAUGUCAUUCUCGGGAAGAAGAGUCCGAUCGCCGACCAGGUCGAGUAUUUCUUUGUACGACAUGUCUUUCCCGAAUUCCGGAGUCCGCAUGGCUUCCUUCGUGCACGAGCUUGCGACACCCUGGAGAAGUUCGAGUCGCUGGACUUCAAGGACCCGAAUAACCUCAGCAUCAUCUACCGCAACAUCCUGGAGUCCAUGGCCGAUCCUGCAUUACCAGUGCGCGUAGAGGCUGCACUUGCUCUCCAACCUCUCAUCCGCCAUGACCCAAUUCGAGUCAUGAUGCAGCAGAACAUACCUCAGAUCAUGCAACAGCUCCUCAAGCUGGCAAAUGAGGUCGACGUCGAUGCUCUGGCCAACGUGAUGGAGGACUUCGUUGAGGUCUUCGCUGCCGAACUUACACCGUUCGCCGUGGCCCUUAGCGAGCAGCUGCGCGAUACGUAUGUGAGGAUUGUGCGCGAACUCAUCGAGCGGAACAGCUCAAAGGAGGGUGAAGACGGCUACGGCGACUUCUUGGACGACAAGAGCAUCACCGCGCUGGGUGUUCUACAAACCAUCGGCACUUUGAUCCUUACCUUGGAGAGCACACCGGACGUCCUCGCACACCUGGAAACCAUUCUCAUGCCCGUCAUCACCAUCACCCUCGAACACAAACUCUACGAUCUUUACAACGAGGUCUUUGAGAUCAUCGACUCUUGCACAUUUGCCGCAAAGGUUAUCUCACCUACCAUGUGGCAGGCUUUCGAGCUCAUCCACCGGACGUUCAAGUCUGGCGCCGAGCUUUAUCUCGAAGACAUGCUCCCUGCUCUGGAGAACUUUGUCAACUACGGCUGGCAGGCGCUUCUGCAAAACCCUGCAUAUCUCGAUGCAAUUGUCGACAUGGUCCGAACCAUCUUCAAGGAUGACAAAGUUGGUGGGGUGGACAGAAUUUGUGGUUGCAAAUUGGCAGAGAUCCUGAUGCUUAACUUGAAGAACGGCAUCGAUCACUACAUCCCCGAAUUCAUUCAGCUCGCCAUGACUGUCCUCACCAGCGAGGAGCUCAAGGUCAAGUCGUAUAAGACACACUUGAUGGAGAUGGUCAUCAACGCCAUCUACUACAACCCACGCCUGGCCCUGAAUGUGCUUGAAGCUAACAACUGGACGAACGUUUUCUUCAGCAAGUGGUUUGGCAGCAUCGAUAGCUUCACCAGGGUUCACGACAAGAAGCUGUCCAUCGGCGCGAUUACAGCGUUGCUCACAUUGCGGGGCGAUGAGGUUCCACAGAGCGUGCAACAAGGGUGGCCUAGACUGCUACAGGGUAUUGUGCGUCUGUUCCAGACUCUUCCCGCCGCUCUGAAGAACAGAGAAGAGGCGCAGCAGGAGGACGACUUCGGUCUCAGUGGCGACUACGACGACGAAGAAGAGGAAGAAGAGUGGGAAGGCGAAGAUUGGGAGGCCGAAGAGACCGAAGAGACCACCGAUGUCAAAGACGAAAGCACGGCUUACCUCGAUUUCCUCAGCCAGCAGGCUAGCAAAUUCAACACUGUGCUGGGUGACGACGACGGAGACGACGAGCUCGAGGAAGAGAGCCUGCUCGAGACACCGCUGGACAACAUGGAGCCGUAUGGUCUAUUCAAGGCCACUCUUGAGACCAUGUCCCAACAGCAACCACAGUUCUACAAUCAGCUCACCGCCAUGCUCGGUCCGGAAGAGCAGCAAGUCAUCAAGGCUGCCCUUGAACAGGCGGACAAGAUCGCCCAGCAACAACAGCAGCAGCACGCAGCAGCUGAAGGUGCUGCUGCACCGCAGCCUGCCAACGGCACGAGCUGAAAGGCUGAAGUGAGUCAACUGAUGUUCUCCCGAAAAUCUAGCGACCGCAUGGCAGGGUGGCUGGCUCGAGCAUGUAGGAGGUCGUGAUCACGAAGGCUCAGCCGGCACAGCUGCACCGAUUUGAGCGAUGAGUGACGUUGCGAACUUCGCUAUUCUGUAGAUUUCUCCGUUCCACGAGCGCAGCGCUUUUCGGCCUUUCGCUUUACUCUGUCCUUGCU